UUCUGGACUAGGAGUGACAGGGUGACAGCUACUCCACAGACGAGCGACCAGGUACCUGAGCAAAGCACUGCACCCUUGAAUCCCAGGAAGGCAGUGGUUCCACGGCCAGGCCGCCACAGAAGACCCAUGACGGUGCUAAAGACUCAGAAAGACAAGGCGUCUAGGAGGAAGCUGGUGUUGCUGAUUGUCGUGGUAGUUGUGCUGUUACUGGGGUUAUUGGCCACCGCAGCAUACUUCAUUAAGCAGCUGAUUGACAGCAAAUACUUCUUCUGCAUGCGUUCAGUGAAGUUCAUCCCAAUAGACAAAGCCUGUGAUGGGAUAGAUGACUGUGCUGGAGGAGAAGAUGAAAUGACUUGUGUGUCCAAUGUUAAGGUCAACACUACAUUUCCAGUGCGUCUCAUGACAAAUCAGCAUAUCCUACAGGUGUACAGUCCUGGCUCUGGUUGGCGGAGUGUGUGUAGUGACGACUGGACCCAGCAGCACACAGAGACAGCAUGUAAACAACUGGGAUACACAUAUAAUCCUCGCAGCACCUAUAUUCAAGUGAGCGAUUUAAUAUCUUCCCUGAAAACUGGACCAUUCACAGCUAUCAGGCCUGGGACUACAACCACACCCACAUAUCAGGCUACCAUUGACCGCAGCAGUGUAUGCAAAUCCGGAUCUGUGAUAUCUCUGUCCUGCUCAGACUGUGGACAGGUGGGCCUUCAGGACCGUAUUGUCGGGGGUACAGAUGCUUUCAUUGAGGACUGGCCCUGGCAGGUUAGCUUGCAGCAGGGAGGCUCGCAUAGAUGUGGAGGCUCGCUGGUGUCACUGAAUUGGGUUGUCACUGCUGCCCACUGCUUCACUGGCAAUAAAAAGGAAGUGAGUCGCUGGAGAGUGGUGUCAGGCCGGACAUACAUGGGCACACUGGGAGGUUCCUAUGUGGACAGGAUCAUAGUGAAUGGAGACUACGAUGCAGAACGAAGCGACUAUGAUGUGGCACUGAUGAGACUCAGCAGCCCAAUCACAGUGGGAGUGGGCCAUAAGCCGGUUUGUCUGCCUCCUAAAGCCUUUGACCUCCCAGCCAAAUCCUCAUUGGUUGUGACUGGCUGGGGAUACCUGGAGGAAAACGGUAAGGUUUCUCCUUCGCUUCAGAAGGCCUCUGUCCCACUGAUAGACCGGGCUACAUGUUCCAGCCCAUCAAUGUAUGGUGGUGCCAUAACCCAAAGGAUGAUCUGUGCUGGUUUCCUGGAGGGGAAAGUAGAUGCCUGCCAGGGGGACAGCGGGGGUCCUUUGGUGUACUUCACCUCCUCUAAAUGGCAUCUGGUUGGAAUAGUGAGCUGGGGCGUUGGCUGUGCAAGGCAGGGAAGGCCGGGUGUCUACAGCAACGUGGAAGAGAUGCUAAACUGGAUUUACACAGUCAUUGAGAAAAACCCCUGAGGUCCUCCAAUCCAGUCUACCUUGGACAUACUGUGAAACCAAAAGAACGCUUCUGUUUCAAUGUGGUUGACUAAUGAUGGGAGCCAGAAGGAGGGAAAGAGGAAGUCGAAGAUCAGUCUCAGCAACAACACAGAGGAACUGUUAAACACAGCCAUAGAUAAAAACAAUGCACACACACCAUACGCUUCACACAAACUUAUUUCAGGUGUUGUUUGUGCCAUUUCAGGUUCUUAUCUCAGGAGACAAGUGUAUUUAUGUUUGUUAUCUGUUGGUGGCCAGUCUGGGAUGUUUUUAGCUUUUACAAUGUUGUCAUUUGACAGACACAGUUUGCCGAUUCAUGAGUUUUGUUUUAACUGUGAAAACAAGACUGGCGGACCUCAGACAUAAUGUACUUGACUACUUGAUUUUCGGUGUGCAAUGUGAUACGAGGGUUCAUAUGUUAAACUGCUCUGUAAAGAAAGGUGACAGACAGGGUAAACCUAUGCUAUAUUAAUGCCAGCAGAAGUCACUGUGAAGCCUCAGGUUAAUAUCACCAAUACUGUAAAAGUGACACCAGGAGAUUAAUGCAUUUAUUGUGCUGAUUCAGUUGAUCCGAUGUGUAUCCCUAUUAAUGGUUAAAUGCACCUUUUUACAGCACAUAGGGUGUGCUUGCUUCCUCCCACAGAUUAUUUACAUGAGCACUUUACGUGGAAGGUGGGAAUUUAUUGGCCUUACUAUAUGUACAGAUGAGUCCAGUAACUAGUCUAAUAAUGCACUGAAGGCUAUAACUCAAGUCACACGUUAUGUGUUUAUGGUGCCACUACAUUCAAAGUGCAAUCAGAUAUCCAGCGUGCAUUUACAAAACUCGCACCAUGGCCAGAAUAUUCAGUGGUGGUGACUAAGUUUUUGCCUUCUAAAAGGAUAUAAAUGUAAUUUCCUACAAUUUGAAAGCAAGCAAAAGAGUAUAGUAUGCACAAAAUAUUUGUGCACUCAGGCAAAACCCCAUCAAGUAAUCAUUCCAUUUGUAGCAAAGUAAAAUAAUACAUCAAGCUAUGUUUUUUUUUUUUUAUCAUUCUCUGGUCUAUAGAGAUGGACACAAAACAAGCAUAAAUUUCCAAAAUUGAAAGUAAUAGUUAACAUUGUAUACUGUGUGAGAUUAUAAAAUUAUUAGCCACAGGUUGGCUGGUAACAUUUAACU